CAGGCUUUGGUGCGCGCGUGGGAGCGCGUUUGCGCGCGCCUUUCCCCCACCCUCUGCGUUCUGUCAGUGUCUCGCGCUCCUCCAGACUGUUCGUUCGAGGCUCCGUUAAGCGGCGGUGGGUUCCUGUUUCCGCCUUUUCAUCCCACUCUACCUCCGCCCUCCCACCAACCCUCCCGCUUCCAUCUUCUUCGCCUUUCGCGCGCCGCCUCCAUCAGACCCGGCACCUCCGGAGGAGCGCCGGUGUCGAGACCGGAGGUAGCCAGAAGCCGGACCGAGUCUGCGGACAGGCAACGCUGGGACAAAUUCGGCAUGUCAGCCCUUCUCCAAGGAUCCUCUGUCAUUCUAGAGAUUUGAAACAGAGCAUAAAGUCAAAACACCUGUAAAAGUAGAACGUCGAUUUUCCGUCUUCUAGGAUAAUUGUUCUUAAGUUCCGCUGUAGGACAAAUGUGAGAAACAUAAUGUGGUGAAUCGCCAACACAGAAACCCUGGAAUCUUUGUGCUGACUGAGGAGUUACAAUGUUUCCUUUGUGAACAAAAACUAUUUGGUGGUGGACAAAAAUCUGAAAAUGCGGCCAUGGACUGGCUCCUGGCGUUGGAUUAUGCUCAUCCUUUUUGCUUGGGGGACCUUGCUGUUUUAUAUAGGUGGACACUUAGUACGAGAUAACGAGCAUCCAGAUCACUCUAGUCGUGAACUAUCAAAGAUACUAGCAAAGCUUGAACGGUUAAAACAGCAAAAUGAAGACUUACGAAGAAUGGCAGAGUCUCUCAGGAUACCAGAAGGUCCUAUUGAUCAGGGCCCUGCUGCAGGAAGAGUACAUGCUUUAGAAGAACAGCUAAUAAAGGCCAAAGAACAGAUGGAAAACUAUAAGCAACAGACUGGAGAUGUGGGCUUAGGAAAAGACCAUGAAAUACUGCGAAGGAGGAUUGAAAAUGGAGCCAAGGAGCUUUGGUUUUUUCUUCAAAGUGAAUUGAAAAAAUUGAAAAACUUGGAAGGAAGUGAAUUCCAAAGACACAUUGAUGAACUUCUGUCUGACUUGGGUAAUCAUGAAAGGUCAAUAAUGACAGAUCUGUACUACCUCAGUCAAACAGAUGGAGCAGGUGAUUGGCGAGAAAAAGAGGCCAAAGAUUUGACAGAGCUGGUACAGAGGAGAAUAACUUAUCUCCAGAACCCCAAGGAUUGCAGCAAAGCAAAGAAACUAGUUUGUAAUAUUAACAAAGGCUGUGGUUAUGGUUGUCAACUUCAUCAUGUGGUCUACUGCUUCAUGAUUGCAUAUGGCACUCAAAGGACAUUAAUUUUGGAGUCUCAGAAUUGGCGCUAUGCUACUGGAGGUUGGGAGACAGUUUUCAGGCCAGUGAGUGAGACAUGCACUGACAGAUCAGGAAGCACUACAGGUCACUGGUCAGGUGAGACAAAUGAUAAAGAUGUUCAAGUAAUAGAACUACCCAUAGUUGACAGUCUACACCCACGGCCCCCAUAUUUGCCAUUGGCUAUCCCAGAAGAUCUGGCUGAUAGGCUAAUUCGUGUCCAUGGAGAUCCUGCAGUGUGGUGGGUCUCGCAGUUUGUCAAAUACCUGAUUCGUCCACAACCUUGGUUAGAAAAAGAAAUAGAAGAAGCUACGAGGAAACUUGGCUUUAAACAUCCAGUUAUUGGUGUUCAUGUCCGAAGAACAGAUAAAGUAGGAACAGAAGCAGCAUUUCAUCCCAUUGAAGAAUACAUGGUACAUGUUGAAGAACGUUUCCAGCUUCUUUCCCGAAGAAUGCAUAUUGACAAGAAACGUGUUUAUUUGGCUACAGAUGAUCCUUCAUUAUUGCAAGAAGCAAAAUCCAAAUAUCCAAACUAUGAAUUUAUUAGUGACAAUUCCAUCUCAUGGUCAGCUGGUCUCCAUAAUCGAUAUACUGAAAACUCUCUGCGGGGUGUUAUUCUGGAUAUACACUUCCUAUCUCAGGCAGACUUCCUUGUCUGUACGUUUUCUUCACAGGUUUGUCGAGUUGCCUAUGAAAUCAUGCAGACAUUACAUCCAGAUGCAUCGGCCUUUUUUCACUCUCUAGAUGAUAUCUAUUACUUUGGGGGACAAAAUGCACACAACCAGAUUGCCAUUUAUGCUCACUAUCCUCGAACUUCUGAUGAAAUUCCUAUGGAACCUGGAGAUAUAAUUGGUGUUGCUGGAAACCACUGGGACGGCUAUUCAAAAGGCAUCAAUAGAAAAUUAGGAAAAACAGGCUUAUAUCCCUCCUACAAAGUAAAAGAGAAAAUUGAGACAGUCAAGUACCCCACAUAUCCAGAGGCUGACAAAUAAAAGACAAAUAGGAAAACUCAGACCAGCUCUCACUUUGAAGCUAUUUCAAAAACCAUAUUUACUGUUGGCGUUUGUGGGAAGUGAAUUUGCAUUUUAACAUACAGUUAAAAUGAAAGCCUUUUAUCAUUCAGACUGGAUACUCAGCUUGGAACAAUUGGAUGGGCCAUUGUUUGGACUUACUUUGUUAUAUGCACUCGCACACAUGCACACUGGUACACAUUCAACAGAAAAUCUGUUGUUUUAUACGGUUUGUCUCUUUGAAGAUAUGCCCCUCUCAUGAGUCAUAUAGAGCUAUGAGCUCAGUUUUUUGCCAUUAAUAGACUAUAUUAAGACUUUUAACACUGCUGCAUUGUGUAACUUGAGUGACAUGAGCAUAUUUUGUAUGUGCAGAAUUUAAAACAUGGUGCCUCUCUUUGAAAGAUCAGUGACCUUUUAGAAGAGCCAUGCCUAGUUCAAUUGAUAGGCAAGAGUUGUGCUUGCCUUUAACUGAUGUUGAUAUGACCACUGAACAUGCUCCAACCAACAGAUUAAAAAAUUCAGACUAGUCCUUUCUUUACAGGAGUUUUGUUAGCAAUUUCAUUGAUUAGUUCAUCUCAUGAAUAAAGAGUACAUCCAACAAUAAAAUAAUUGUCUGGUAGGAACUUUUGUAAAACAAUGCCAUGAACUGGAUCUUUAGUACUGUUUCUGGACAUUGUCUUUGAUAACAACAACAAAAAUAAUAAAUUAAAAAAUA